AGAGCUAGGCUGACUGAUCCACACGGAUCUUGUUGGCACAAAUGUCACCUGGGAGGCUCCACCUGGAAAGCGAGAUGCCUGUCAACAGCACUGCCGUGUCCUUGGCCAACGCUACCUACAUCACUGUGGAGAUUCUCAUUGGGCUCUGUGCCAUAGUGGGCAAUGUGCUGGUCAUCUGGGUGGUCAAACUGAACCCCAGCCUGCAGAACACCACCUCCUAUUUCAUUGUCUCCCUAGCCCUGGCUGACAUUGCUGUCGGGGUGCUGGUCAUGCCUUUGGCCAUUGUCAUCAGCCUGGGUGUCACAAUCCACUUUCAUAGCUGCCUUCUCAUGACCUGCCUGCUGCUGAUCUUCACCCACGCCUCCAUCAUGUCCUUGCUAGCCAUUGCCGUGGACCGAUACCUGCGGGUCAAGCUCACGGUCAGAUACAAGAGGUUCACCACUCAACGACGAAUAUGGUUGGCUCUAGGCCUUUGCUGGCUGGUGUCAUUCCUGGUGGGAUUGACUCCCAUGUUUGGCUGGAACAUGAAACUGAACUCAGAGUACCACAAAAAUCUCACCUUCCUUUCCUGCCAAUUCCGUUCCGUGAUGAGGAUGGACUACAUGGUCUACUUCAGCUUCUUCACUUGGAUUUUCAUUCCCCUGGUUGUCAUGUGUGCCAUCUACCUUGACAUCUUCUAUGUCAUCCGGAACAAACUCAAUCAGAACUUUUCUAACUCCAAAGACACAGGUGCAUUUUAUGGACGGGAGUUCAAGACAGCCAAGUCUCUGUUUCUGGUUCUUUUCUUGUUUGCUUUGUCCUGGCUGCCUUUAUCCAUCAUCAAUUGUAUCAUCUACUUUAAUGGUGAAGUACCACAAGUUGUGCUCUACUUGGGCAUCCUGCUGUCCCAUGCUAACUCCAUGAUGAACCCUAUUGUCUAUGCUUAUAAAAUAAAGAAGUUCAAGGAAACCUAUCUCUUGAUCCUCAAAUCCUGUGUGAUCUGCCAGCCCUCUAAUUGCUUGGACUCAAGCACUGAGCAGACUUCUGAGUAGCUAUCCAUGAAAGAUGACUCUCCAUUCCAUUACCCUUCAGAUUCAGCAUGGACAAACACUUGAGGGCCUACCCACCCGGGCCAUGGGCUCUCACGUGUUUGAUUCCUUCCAGUGAUGUGGGAUGCAUUUGGCUGGCUGUCUCCAAUUUUAUCUUCCCUACUACCCUCUUUCUCUAAUUCAAUUUUUUUCUUGUCCUUCUUUUCUAAUUCAAUUUUCUGGGUGUCUGACUUGAGGACAAUAGUCUAUUGUUACUACUGCCUGUGUUCCUCCUUCCCAAACAGAAGUCAUGGAAUCUGAAGGAUGCCUCAUUGACUUACUGACAAAAGGGUCCCAACUGGGCUGGACAUGGACGUAAUGGUGACUCAGUUCUACUCCAUUAUGGAACUAAGCAGAGAACCUUGCUCUCAGCAGAUACCUGGAGGAUGGAUGGAAUGCAAGGAGUGAACUGAGUUUAAGAGGGACUUAAC